CAUGAUAUUCGGAUUUAAAAUAAGGCUAAAAAUAAAAAGCUGAAUAAUUUGUAAAUGAUAACUGUUUAGUUUGUGACCUAUUAUUUUCUCCUAUAAAUUACUUUGAUUAUUGACUAUUUAUCAAUAAUAAAUCUAUACAAUCAGUUAAAUGAUUUUUUUAAGCUAUAGAACAGUUUGUAAAGCGGCGUUUGCUUGUCGUGCAUUGACAGUCGCAUCGAAUACAACUAAAAUGUCUAAUCCUGAAAAUUAUAAAGAAGCAUCAUCGAUAUAUGAAUUUAGUGCUAAAAAUAUAAAAGGUGAAGUUGUAUCUUUAGAAAAAUACCGUGGGCAUGUUUGUAUUAUAGUUAAUGUAGCUUCACAGUGUGGUUAUACCAAAAAUAAUUAUGCAGAGCUUAACCAACUUUUUGAGGAAUAUGGGGAUUCCAAAGGCUUACGAAUUCUAGCUUUUCCCUGUAAUCAAUUCGCUAAUGAAGAACCAGGAGAUAAUGACCAGAUUUGUCAGUUUGUUCAAAGCAAAAACGUCAAGUUUGACGUUUUCCAGAAAGUAAAUGUUAAUGGUAAUGAUGCUCAUCCACUUUGGAAUUAUUUGAAGUAUAAGCAAGGAGGUACGUUGGGUGAUUUUAUUAAAUGGAAUUUCACUAAGUUUAUUGUGAAUAAGGAUGGGCAACCAGUUGAGAGACAUGGUCCGAAUACAAACCCAAAGGAUUUAGUGAAGUUCCUUGAAAAGUAUUGGUAGUAUUUAUGAAUGUAUUUUUUCAAUAUUAAGUAUAUGUAUUGAUUUUUUUGUUUUCAAGAUUUGUUAGAUAUAGAGAACUUUUUUUUAUUUAAAAGGCACAUACUUUCUACUGACUGUUUAUUUAAGAUUAACCAUGUAAUCUGUCUGUGAAUAUUUAGGUGGCAAAAGUAAUAAACUUAUUAAAAUGAA